GCUCAGCCUCCUGGACCACGAGGACCUGAGCGACACUGCCCUGGAGAAGAAGAUGGCUGUUGCCUCCAUCCUGCAGAGCCUGCAGCCCCUCCCAGCCAAAGAAGUCUCCUGCCUGUAUGUGAACACAGCGGACCUCCACUCCGGGCCCAGCUUCGUGGAGUCCCUCUUUGAGGAGUUCGACUGUGACCUGAGUGACCUCCGGGACUUGCCAGAGGAUGACGGGGAGCCCUGCAAAGGAGCCAGCCCUGAGCCAGCCAAGAGCCCAUCUCUGAGACAUGCAGCCGACCUGCCUCCACCGCUUCCCAACAGGCCCCCACCUGAGGACUACUAUGAAGAGGCCCUUCCCCUGGGACCGGGCAAGUCCCCUGAGUACAUCAGCUCCCACAAUAGCUGCAGCCCAGCCCACUCCAUCAUGGACGGUUACUACGAGGAUGCAGAUAGCAGCUACCCUGCGACCAGGAUGAAUGGGGAGCUAAAGAACUCCUACAACGACUCUGACGCAAUGAGCAGCUCCUACGAGUCCUACGACGAGGAGGAGGAGGAAGGGAAAGGGCCACAGCCCACGCACCAGUGGCCCUCGGAGGAGGCCUCCAUGCACCUGGUGAGGGACUGCAGGAUAUGUGCCUUCCUGCUGCGGAAAAAGCGCUUCGGGCAAUGGGCCAAGCAGCUGACCGUCAUCAAGGAGGACCAGCUCCUGUGCUACAAAAGCUCCAAGGACCGGCAGCCACAUCUGAGGCUAGCGCUGGAUAUCUGCAGCGUCAUCUACGUGCCCAAGGACAGCCGGCACAAGAGGCAUGAGCUGCGCUUCUCCCAGGGGGCUACCGAGGUGCUGGUGCUGGCACUACAGAGCCGGGAGCAAGCCGAGGAGUGGCUCAAGGUCAUCCGAGAGGUGAGCAGGCCUGCCGGGGGCACAGAGGGGGCAGACAUGCCCAGAUCCCCAGUCCUCGUGUGCAAGCUGGACCUAGACAAGGUACAUCUGUCUCCACGAGGCCUCCUCUGUGCCAGGUAG